AAAACUGCCCCUGAGGGCAAGGGGGGAGGGUGACAGCCUAUAGGUGGCUUCUCUUGGGCUGCCAACAGUUUGGCUUGGGGAGAGGCCUAUGCUAGGGUCAGCCCCCUGGCCCUGGAGGUGUAUAUAAUGUACAUUUGCUCCAGUCCAGGUAUUUGGAUGAGUAGUCCAAGGGCUGAGCCAAAACCCGAGAAGAAGUCAGGGUGCAGGCCAGGGAGCCACGCGGACGGCAGGCCACAGAAAGAACUGAUGAUCCCAGGGAUCGUGGAUUUCAAGCUGAUCCGAGAGGCACUGAGGACCUCCAAGCCCCAAACUCCCGGUGCCCACGGCUUCGGCCACCUCAGCCAUCACUCCUUCUUCUCCCGGCACCACCCCCAUCCCCAGCACGUGACCCACAUCCAAGAUCUCACCGGGAAGCCUGUCUGCGUUGUCAGGGACGAGUUCUCUCUGGCCGCCUCACUUCAAGCCACACUCUUACCCGGCUCUCUGAUCAGGAUGCCCACCACCUCGGUCCCCAUUGGAGACCCGCAGUCCAAUCGGGAUCCCUGGCUUUCUUCUG